UGGGAUGUUGGUGGCCAAAGCGCCUUGAGACCCUCAUGGAGCACAUACUAUGCCGGGUCUGAUUUCGUAAUAGUUGUCAUCGACAGUACCGAUCGUGAGCGACUGUGGAUCGCCAAGAAGGAAUUGUACAAAUUACUUGCAGCUGAGGAACUCAAGAAGAGUAAAAUGCUAAUAUUUGCCAACAAGCAGGACGUCAACGGUUGUAUGUCGGUCGCGGAAAUCAGUCAGAGUUUGAACUUGACCUCAAUCAGGGAUCAUCCGUGGCACAUACAGGCCUGCUGUGCACUCACUGGAGAG